UCUUGAGAAUUGAGAGUUGAGACACAUGAUACAUCACACAACUAUGAAAACAUUUUUGCCCAUCUUUACCCCUUCCAAUAAAUAGUGAAAAAAAUGCAAAUGACCCCACUCACCCCCUCCUCCUCCUCUACUCUUCACCCUAUCAUCUUUCUUCCCUUAUCUCUUUCUAGUUCUCACAUAACAUAACAACAUAACCUUCUUUACUUCUCCAUCUCAUCUACUUUUGACUCAUUUUAUCUCUCUUCAAGAUCCCAUCUUUCUCUCUCUACCCCGUACUAAGAUCUUAAUCCCCUUUGUUCUUCAGAUCUACCAACAAUGGGGCAAGAAUCACCUAUACCCAAAACUCCUCUUGAAAAACCCAUUUCAAAAAUCCAAUCUUUUUCUUCUAUCUCCCCAAAUUUCCCUGAAGAAGUUCUAGAGCAUGUACUCUCCUUCAUUGAGUCACACUCGGACCUUAACUCAAUCUCACUCGUUUGCAAAUCUUGGUACGAGAUUGAAAGAUGGUCUCGUCGUAAAAUCUUUAUUGGGAAUUGCUAUGCUGUUAGCCCUCCGAUUGUAAUCAGACGGUUUAGAGACAUCCGAUCUGUUACCAUCAAAGGAAAACCUCAUUUUGCUGAUUUUAAUCUUGUUCCUGAUGGUUGGGGAGCCCACGCUUAUCCAUGGAUCCAAGCUUUUACUGAAGCUUUUCCCAUGUUGGAAGAGCUUAGAAUGAAAAGAAUGGUGGUUACUGAUGAUGGGCUUGAGUUAAUUGGGAAAAAAUGGAAGAAUUUUAAGGUUUUAGUUUUGUGUUCUUGUGAAGGUUUUACUACUGAUGGUUUAGCUUUUAUUGCUGCUAAUUGCAGGAAGUUGAGAACACUUGACUUGUGUGAAAGUGAAGUUGAAGGCAGUGGGGAAUGGAUACGCUUUUUCCCGGAUUCUUAUACGGCACUAGAAUCUCUUAAUGUUGCGUGCCUCACCACUGAGCCGUGGUUCAAUCAUCUCGAGGGUUUAGUGAGCAGAUGCACUAACCUUAAAUCACUUCGUCUCAACCGAACAGUCUCCUUAGAGCGGCUUUCAACCCUUUUGGAAAAGGCUCCGCAGUUGGUUGACAUUGGUACGGGCUCUUUUUUGAGUGAGCUCGAAACUGAAGCGUACGAUAAGCUUACUAAGACAUUUGCGGGGUGCAAAGGGCUAAAGGGUCUUUCGGGUCUCUAUGAUGUCGUCCUGAAUUAUCUUCCUGCUUUAUAUCCCGUCUGCUCGGGGCUGACGUCUUUGAACUUGAGUUAUGCUACUAUUCACUCCCCUGAUCUGAUCAAAGUUCUCAGUCUCUGUCAGAAUCUCCAGCGUCUUUGGGUUCUUGAUUAUAUAGAAGACAGCGGGCUUGAAGUUCUUGCAGAAUCAUGUAAGGAUCUCCGGGAGCUACGGGUUUUUCCUUCUGAGCCAUAUGUCGAGGAACCGAAUGUUUGCUUAACCGAACAUGGUUUGGUAUCGGUCGCCAUGGGUUGUUCCAAACUACAAUCCGUCCUUUAUUUUUGUCGUCAAAUGACCAAUGAAGCGUUAUUCACGAUAGCAAAAAAUCGGCCCAACCUAACACGUUUCCGUCUAUGCAUCAUUGAGCCCCAGUGCCCGGAUUACCUAACAAGCCAACCGCUAGAUGAGGGUUUUGGGGCCAUUGCGGAACAUUGCCAGGAUCUCUGCCGGCUUUCAUUGUCAGGUCUCCUCACCGACCGUGUUUUCCAUCUCAUCGGGACCCAUGCCAAGAAGCUCGAGAUGCUUUCAUUGGCGUUUGCGGGUGACAGCGAUUUGGGCUUGCAUUAUAUUUUAUCCGGUUGUAAGAACCUUAGGAAGCUGGAGAUUCGGGAUUGCCCUUUCAGUGGAAGGGCGCUCAUGGUAAAUGCGGCUAAGUUGAUGACAAUGCGAUCCCUUUGGAUGUCUUCUUGCCAAGUAAAUUACGGGGAGUGUAAACUGCUUGGCAAGAAGAUGCCGAAGUUGAACGUUGAGGUGAUGGAUGAAAGGGGACACCCUGUUUCGAGAUCUGAUGAUUGCCCGGUUGAGAAGCUUUAUAUCUACCGGUCAGUUGUUGGACCCAGAUCGGACUCUCCAGACUAUGUUUGGACGAUGAGCGAAGAAAAUACCGAUGUAACUGUAAAUUUGUCGCAGUAGUAGUCGUUCCUUGAUAAUAUGAUUCGGUUAAGGGCGUUGUUGAAUGGGAUACAUGAGCUUAGACGACAAUUUAAGGUUCGAUUGGGCAGUGAAGAAUGUUACAUGUAUGUGUACCUUUUUGUGUGUACUAUUAUGUUGUAGCCAGGAUUAGGAGAGGGUGGUGUAGCAUUUGUAUGGAUGGUACUUGCUAGGGUUCUUGAUGUUCACAGUUUAUUUAUUUGUUGUGACAAUAAUUUAAAUCUUCAAUGACUAGAGCAAGCUUAAUCAAAUUGUUCUUGUAUUUUGUAAUAAUUGUGCUAAUUUGAAGAGAAGAUUUUGUAGUUUUCUACAAAUUUUUUUAAAUACAAAGUAUUUUAGUAGCAA